CGAACAGCACGUCUCGUGGAAUUGACCAAUCAUGUUGGUCAAUUGGGCUGAUUUAAUCAAUGCGAUUAGUCAAUUUUAUUCAAGAUCUACUUGCGUUUGUGUCUUGCGCUUAAUGUAAAACAGGCUUUAUGUACCGUAUGUACGGUUGUGGACAUAGCACGGAAUAGAACCAUGUCCACGUUCGAAGCAUUUAUAACGUAACGUAAGCCCGCGGAUUAUAUCGUUUAAAUAAAAAUAAUUGUUGACAUGUUACUGACACUCCGACGGCAUAAUUGAUCAAGAUGUCAAUAAUCUCGAAUUCAGAUGAUCUCGAACAACAGUGUGAGGAUUCGCUGUUUGAAGUGUGUGACUCUCGAGAAAGAUAUCCACAGCAAUGUGCAACAGAAUUAGAGAAAUGCAUUAAACUUGCUAAUGAGAUACACAUGACAAAAGUUCUGACAACGUCGGCAAAAGUUCUAGAUGUGCCUUCUCUUACUGACGAGCAUUUUAAAAUGCUCCAACGGUUUUCUGAUGCAGUUAAUCUGUUGAAGACACAAGAACCAAAACUACAACGAAUGAUAGAAAAAAUAGAAAAUUUGUCUGCUUGUUUGAAUCAAAUCAAAAGAGACAAAAUAAGCGAAACAAAUAAAUUGUUGCAAGACUGACUAUCUUUUUCAUCAAAAGAUGCACACAUAUCUUGACACCAAUUAAUUUAUCUUUUACUAAUAAUUGUUAAUAUUUAUGAAUAAUUAUUUUAUAUUUUUAUGUAUUUAUUAUUGACAACAAUGUAAACAACCUAUUCUUAAACAAAAAAGAUAAACAAAAAAAAUAUUGACAUUGUGCACUAGAUAUAUAUUCUCCUUGUGGUUUCCUUAGCAACCAAUCUUCAUGAGUGAAUCAAAACAAUGCGCAUGUACAUGCUUGAAGCUGUAAGAGAGAAGAAAAGAAGAAAUAUUAAAUAACUUGUUUUUAAUUAGUAAAUUGUAUCUUUUGCAAUGACUACUUUCAUAGAAAAUGUGCAUAUAAAGGAUGGAGAAUACACGAAAACUAUUUAUACUAUGAUAAAAGAACAGCGAUAUACCGAAACUAUUAAGGUUUUGUUAAAUUUGUUAGAUUCUCAUCCUAAUUCUAGGCCUUGUCUCUCCCUUCUGGCGCAUUGUUAUUUUUAUACGCAAGAUUUUGUGGCUGCAGCUCAAUGUUAUGAAAAACUUGUCCAACUAUGUCCAGAAGAAAAUCUUUAUAAACUAUAUUAUGCCCAAUCCUUACACCAAGCUUGCAUGUAUCCGGAAGCAUGGACAGUUUGUGCAAGUAUUAUUAAUCAAAGUGAGUUAGAAUUCAAAGUAAGAAAGUUGCAGGCAGCCAUCAAAUAUGGACAAGAAGAUAUGGUUUCUGCCAAAAAUCUCGUUGAUCAAUGUCCCGUCGAUGAUGUUGAUACGGAAAUUAACUUAGGAUGUCUUUUGUACAAGGAGGAACAAUAUGAACAGGCUCUUAAAAAGUUUGCAAAUGCAUUGCAAAUUGCAGGAUUUAGACCUCACUUAUCGUACAAUGUUGCGCUUUGCUAUUAUAAACUGAAAGAAUAUGCAGCAUCAUUAAAGCAUAUCGCUACUAUUAUUGAACAUGGUAUAAGAGAACACCCAGAGUUAAGUGUCGGAAUGACUACUGAAGGUAUCGAAGUCCGAAGUGUCGGAAAUACGCUAACUCUUCACGAGACAGCUUUGACGGAGGCAUUUAAUCUGAAAGCUGCUAUAGAAUAUCACUUACAAAAUUAUGACGCUGCAAAAGAGGCAUUAACAGACAUGCCACCACGUUCUGAAGAAGAACUCGACGCUGUUACUCUACAUAAUCAGGCAUUGAUAAAUAUGGAUACAAAACCGAGCGAGGGAUUUGAAAAGCUACAGUUCCUGUUGCAACAAAACCCAUUCCCUCCUGAAACUUUUGCCAAUUUGCUACUUUUGUACUGUAAAUAUCAAUAUUAUGAUCUGGCCGCAGAUGUUCUAGCCGAGAAUGUACAUCUAACUUAUAAGUAUUUAACACCAUAUUUGUACGAUUUUUUGGACGCGCUUAUAACGGAACAAACUUCACCAGAAGAAGCAUAUCGUAAAUUUGACGAUCUCGCUAAUAAACAUACGGAGGCACUGCGAAAAGCAACUAAGCAAGUCCAGGAAGCAAGAUUGAAUCAUGACGACAAUGCUGUCAAGAAGGCCGUAAACGAUUACGAAGAAGCUCUGGAAAGAUACGUACCAGUAUUAAUGGCCCAAGCAAAAAUAUACUGGGAUUUAGAAAAUUACACUCAAGUGGAGAAGAUUUUUAAAAAGAGCGUCGAAUUUUGUAAUGAGCACGACGUGUGGAAGUUAAACGUAGCGCAUACUCUUUUUAUGCAGGAAAAUAAAUUCAAAGAUGCGACUCGUUUUUAUGAGCCUAUUGUUAAAAAGAAAUAUGACAAUAUUUUAGACGUGAGCGCUAUAGUUCUCGCGAACUUGUGCGUCAGCUAUAUCAUGACUUCGCAAAACGCGGAAGCUGAAGAACUGAUGAAAAAAAUCGAGAAGGAGGAAGAAGCGGUAUCGUUUGAAGAUCAAGAUAAGAAACUCUUCCACUUGUGCAUCGUAAAUCUAGUGAUCGGAACGUUAUAUUGUUCCAAAGGUAAUUACGAGUUCGGUAUAUCUCGAGUGAUGAAGAGUCUGGAGCCGUACAACAAAAAACUCGGCACCGAUACGUGGUUCUAUGCAAAAAGAUGUUUUUUGUCGCUUUUGGAACAACUAGCAAAACAGCUGGUGGUUCUAAAAGACUCUACAUUACAAGAAUGCAUUCAGUUUUUGGAACAUUGCGAAGUUUACGGAAAAGAUAUAAUGACAGUGAUAGAUCAACCAUUUGAUGUACAAGAUAUGCUAAACAUUUCUCCUCAUGGCAAACGGACGGUCGUUUACGAGGCGCGAUACCUGAAAGCGUUAUUUUUGAAAUUGCAAAUGUCCUAGAUGUAUAGAAU